AUGUCGGCCCUCUUCAACUUUCAGUCACUCUUGCUCGUGAUUCUCCUGCUCAUCUGCACCAGCGCCUACGUGCACAGCUUCUUCCCAGGCAUCAUGGACCGCAACAAGGACGGCGUCACUGGCAUAUUCUGGAAAUGUGCACGGAUAGGGGAACGGUUGAGCCCGUAUAUCAGCAUAUGCUGCCUGCUCAUGGCCGGCUUCAUCUUGAUGCCUUCAAGAGCUUCAUGA